AUUUGGGAAAUAAGGAGUAUAUGAUAAGACUGGGAAGGAUCUCUGUUUGCCUUCCUUUUUCCAAAAGAAAACUUUUCCCUAGGAUAUGUUUCAUAUUCAUAUUGAAAUCUUUCCUUCUAGUCUUAUUACUGACCGUCCCAGGUAUGGAGGAGGAAGCAUCAGAUACAGACAAGAACCUUUCGAAGCAAGGAUGGGAUGCUAAAAAGACAGGAUCCUCAAGGCCGAAAUCCUGUGAAGUUCCAGGAAUCAACAUAUUUCCAUCAGCUGACCAGGAAAACACUACCACGCUUAUCCCUGCUGCUCAUAACACAGGUGGCUCUCUGCCAGACCUGUCAAACAUCCAUUUUCCUUCUCCGCUCCCAACGCCGCUAGACCCUGAAGAGUCCAGUUUCCCAUCCCUGAGCAGCUCCAAUAGCACUGGCAACCUUGCUGCCAACUUGACGCACAUGGGCAUCAACCCAGCCAAUCAGGGUAUGACAACGACACAAGCCUCUUCUCGGCAGCCAGCUGUCAGCCCCCUUUCACUGAACACAGACUCAAGAAGAACUCAGUCCCAACAGGUCUCUCCUUCACUGUCACCGCUAUCACCUAUCACUCAGGCUGUGGCAAUGAAUGCUCUCUCCCUCGAACAGCAGCUUCCGCCCUAUCCGUUCUUCACCCAAACGAGUGCACAGCAGCAGCAACAGACCCAGGUGGCGAGCGCCCUGCCACCCAACGCUUCUUUGAUGCAGACCUCCGGCUUGCAGCGAGGUGUCCAGCUCCCCCCACUUUCGGUCACCGUCCCUUCUACAAUCCCCCAAUCUCCUCCAGGCAGCCAAACCCAGACUUCCAUGGGGAUAGACAUCGGUUCG